GAGAGAGGGAGAGAGGGAGGGGAGCGAGUGAAAGUUUGCUGACACAGUACUAACUCCUCCUAUCGCUGUCCACAAUUAAUCAAUGUAACUGGAGCCCUUUAUGAAAGCCUGUCCGCCGGCCAAUGGCUCGGUGGCCGCUCUGAUAAUCGAUGUCCGCCCACUCCGCCCGGUUGUGAGUUCGCGGCCCGCUUCUGUCGGAGACUAAUAACUUCAGCGCCUGCAACUCGGGGACGUUUUUCGUUUCCCAUUCUCUCUCUUUUUUUCCUCUCUCUCCCAGGCCCCAGAGAAGGGUCGAUCUGCCGAACGGGGCCGGGAGACUGGGCAGUUUCAGAGUGCGAGAGUGUGUGUGUGUGCCUCUCUCUCUCUCUCUCCCUCUCUCCCUCUCUCCCCCGCAACCCCCCACCCCCACCCCCUCCCUGCCCCAACCCCCCCCCCCUCCUUUCCUCAUCCCAAGCGAUUUUGGCACGUUUACAGAGAGAGAGGGAGGGGAGAGGAGAGGGGAGUCGGUACGCUAAAUAGGGGGCUCCUACUCGUUAUAUCUCUUAUCUAUAGACGCAAGAAUGAAAUCCUAGAGGCUUCGAUGUGUGAGACCGCUUCAUUUCUCCAUUGUUCGGCUCUGCAAGCGAGGGGCGAGGAGCGGAGGAGAAGGAGCCCCAUGGAUCAUUUCCCACCCCCGGCCAACUCCAACAAGCCCCUCACACCGUUCAGCAUCGAAGACAUUCUCAGCAAGCCCGCGGCCAGAAAAAACUCGCACCUCUGCUCUUCCAGCCGCUCCUCUCCGGCCGAGAAAGUGUCCGGAUCCGGGACCACACGUAACGGCUUGCCCGCUCAAACCUCGCCGCUCUGUGCUCUGGAAGAGCUGGCUAGCAAAACAUUUAAAGGUCUUGAACUGAGCGUGAUACAAGCGGCCGAAGGCCGCGACCACGUAACCACCUUCGGUCAGAGACAGACCUCGAAAAAGAGACGCAAGUCGCGCACCGCCUUCACCAACCACCAGAUCUACGAGCUGGAGAAACGGUUCAUUUACCAGAAGUACCUCUCGCCCGCCGACCGGGACCAGAUCGCACAGCAACUGGGUCUGACCAACGCCCAGGUCAUUACUUGGUUCCAGAACCGCAGGGCCAAACUCAAGCGCGAUUUGGAGGAGAUGAAGGCGGACGUGGAGUCGCUGAAGAAAAUGCCGCCGCAGCAGCUGGAGAAACUGGUACAAAUGGACGAUUUCCCGGACGAAGGCGCCGGCUCCAAGAACGACUCCUCGGACCUAUCUCCCAAACUGUCUCCAUCGUCCGGACUCGGGCCUUUCCCCUCCUCGCCCCAGUGCUCAUCCAGAGACCAGACUACAGACGAAUUUUCUGAAGACGAGGAAAUAGACGUAGACGAUUGAAUGAUAUUGAUAUAUAUAUAUAUACACGCACUCACACACACACACACACACACACACACACACACACACACACACACACACACACAACCACACACUCACACACAC